AUGGAAACGUUACCAGAAGUUUUUAAAAAAAAUUACCCUAAUUGUAGAUGCAUUAUUGACUGCACAGAAAUUCGUGCAGAACAGCCUAAAACUGUGGAGCAGAGGGUUUGUAUGUAUUCACAUUAUAAAGGAGGAUAUACUAUUAAAGUACUUGUUGCCAUUACUCCAAAUGGAAUGGUUAGCUUUUUGUCUAAAUCGUAUGGUGGUAGAUCCAGUGACAGUUAUAUCACUAACGAUUCUGGUUUUUUGAAUAAACUUGAACCUGGUGACCAGGUCCUUGCGGAUAAGGGGUUCCCUGGAAUAAAAACAGGUGUUGAUGGUCAAAACAGUAUUCUUGUAAUUCCUCCCAUGCUCCAUAAUGGUAGAUUUACCGAGGAAGAAGUUCUAAGCACUUAUAAUGUUGCUAGUGUUAGAAUACAUAUUGAGAGGCUUUUUGCUAGGUUAAAAACGUUUAAUGUACUUAAUAAAAUAACAUCUGAUCUAUUGGUAUAUAUAGAUAAUAUUUUAUUUAUCUGUUGUGUGUUAGUAAAUUUAAGCAAUCCAAUAAUAAAACAAUAA